AUGCACUCCUCCUUGAACCGCGCGCAGGCCGUCUUCGGCUUCUUCACCUCGGUCGCGUUGUUCGUCGCCGGUGUCGCCGCCCUCUCCGUGCUGCUGUAUCCGGCCGACGACGCGAAAGCGCAGGUCGCUCUGAAGGAUGCGAAAGUAAUCAAGGGCCGUCCUAAUUACUACUCUUCCAAGAAGGAGGAAUACGCGCAGAUGCGAUUCGAUCUAGACGCUGACCUCUCCCCCCUCUUCAACUGGAACACAAAACAACUCUUCGUCUACGUCUACGCCUCCUACUCCUCCUCCUCCAACCCCUCGACCACCCACCUCCCGAACACCGAAUCCAUCAUCUGGGACACGAUCAUCCCCGCCCCAGAUUCCCCAUACUCGUUCUCCGCGCUCCAAGCCCGUUUCUUCCCCUCCUCGAGCUCGUCCACCUCGCGCACCAGCAACCAGAAGCGCUCCAGCGGCACCACCAAGAACAAAUCCUCCGCCAAGACCAAACUCCCCGGCCAGCUACGUCUCCGCGAUCAGCGCUCCAAGUACCAGAUCGGAGACAUCACGGGCCGCAUGGCGGAGAGGGGCAACGUGACGCUGAACGUGGGCUGGAAUGUGCAGCCUUGGGUGGGCGCGUUGUGGUGGAGUCCUCGAUCCGGAGCGGUGCCGAGGACGGUGGGUGAUGCUGGGAUAAGCAAGGCGUUUGACUUGCCGGCGUUGAAGAAGAAGGCCGCGGCUGGUGCGGCGGGUGGUGCUGCUGGGGCUGGGGCUGGGAAGAAGGCGGCGUCUGUUUAG